CUCAGAAGAGGAGCUGUUCAUGAAGUGUUAUGAAACCGGCUCACUAUUUCAUAAAUACUAGGAUAACUUGAAUUGACGUCGCUCCACGGCGAAUGGGUUUUGAUACGUUCUGCAGUCUGGACGGUUCCGACCCGUUUUGGGAUUGGAACCGUACCUGGUACACUGCCAACCCAGACCUGACCCAGUGCUUCCAAAACACGGUACUGGUAUGGUUGCCCUGCCUCUACCUCUGGCUGUUGGGCCCGCUGUACCUGAUCUACCUCAACAGACAUGACCGAGGCUACAUAUGCAUGAGCCACCUCAACAAAGCCAAAACUGCUAUUGGCUUUCUUCUAUGGAUUAUCUGCUGGGCAGAUGUUUUCUAUUCUUUCUGGGAAAGAAGCCAGGGCAGAAGCCCCCCUGCGCCUGUCUACCUGGUCAGUCCGACUGUGCUUGGCAUCACCAUGCUGCUAGCCACCUUUUUGACCCAGUACGAGCGUAUGAAAGGAGUCCAGUCUUCUGGGAUUAUGCUCAAUUUCUGGCUGGUGGCCAUCCUGUGUGCAACAGUUACCUUCCGGUCAAAAAUCAUUCAGGCCCAUAAACAGCCAUCAGCAGUGUGUGUGUGGAGGUACACGACCUUCUACAUCUACUAUGUGCUGCUGCUCAUCGCGUUGUUCCUCUCCUGCCUCUCAGACAAGCCACCUCUCUUCUCCCAGGUCAUCAAAGAGAAGAAUCCAUGUCCAGAAGCUGGAGCUUCCUUUCUCUCUAGAGUAACCUUCUGGUGGAUUACCAGAAUGUUGGUGACAGGCUUCAAGCGGCCACUGGAGGAGAAGGACCUCUGGUCUUUGAAUCCAGAUGAUUGCUCCCAGAGGGUGGUACCCCAUCUUGUACGUCGCUGGAAUACAGAGUGCCAAAAGGUCAAAAGACCAGAGGAGAAGACUUUGUACUCUCCUAAACGAGCAUUGCGCAGCGAGAGUAAGGAGGGUCGUCAGGAGGAAGAGUCAGAGAUCCUGAUUGUCAGUGCCCCUCCGAAGGUCCGUGAACCUUCCCUGUUCUGGGCACUGUGUCUCACCUUCGGACCUUAUUUCCUCAUCUCCUCCCUCUACAAGGUCAUCCAGGACAUCCUCAUGUUUGUUGGGCCUGAAAUCCUAAGGCUGCUGAUUCACUAUGUCAACAACUCAAGUGCCCCUUCAUGGCAGGGCUACUUUUACACAGCGCUGCUCUUUAUAUGUACCUGCCUGCAGACACUCAUCCUUCAGCGGUAUUUCCAUGUCUGCUUCGUCACUGGUAUGCGUCUGCGCUCUGCCAUUAUUGGUGCGGUCUACAGAAAGGCACUGGUUAUCAGCAAUGCAGCACGACGCACCUCCACAGUGGGUGAGAUUGUCAAUCUGAUGUCAGUGGAUGCCCAGCGCUUCAUGGACCUCGUCACUUAUAUUAACAUGAUCUGGUCUGCCCCGCUGCAAGUGGUGCUGGCUCUCUACUUCCUCUGGCAGAAUUUAGGUCCAUCUGUUCUGGCAGGGGUGGCUGUGAUGAUUCUGAUGGUGCCAGUCAAUGCUGUCAUCGCUAUGAAAACCAAAGCAUACCAGGUAGCUCAGAUGAAAAACAAGGAUAAUCGCAUCAAGCUGAUGAAUGAGGUGCUAAAUGGCAUCAAAGUAUUAAAGUUGUAUGCGUGGGAGUUGGCCUUCAAGGACAAAGUGUCAGCGAUCCGAGAGAAAGAGCUGAGUGUAUUGAAGAAGGCUGCCUACCUUGGUGCGGUGUCUACAUUUACCUGGGUUUGUGCACCCUUCCUGGUUGCUCUCUCCACUUUCACUGUAUAUGUGCUGAUUGAUGAUCGCAAUGUCCUGGAUGCCCAGAAGGCCUUUGUAUCACUGGCGCUCUUCAAUAUCCUGCGUUUUCCUCUCAACAUGCUGCCAAUGGUCAUCAGCAGCAUGGUGCAGGCCAGUGUCUCCAUGAAGCGCUUGCGGGUGUUUCUGUCUCAUGAGGAGCUGCAGGAGGGUUGCGUGGAGCGGAAGGCAAUAGUAGGAUCAGCUGACAGUGUCUCCAUUAUUGAUGGGGUUUUCAGCUGGUCUAGAAUUGAAAAGCCAACAUUAAAAAGGCUGAAUUUACACAUCCCAGAGGGCUCUCUGGUGGCUGUGGUUGGGCAUGUUGGAUCAGGGAAGUCUUCGCUGCUCUCUGCACUUCUGGGAGAAAUGGAGAAAUUAGAAGGGACUGUGGCUGUCAAGGGUUCAGUGGCCUAUGUGCCCCAACAGGCGUGGAUCCAAAACGCAACCCUUAAAGACAACAUUGUGUUUGGUCAGGAGAAGAAGGAGAGCUGGUACCACCGAGUGGUGGAGGCCUGUGCCCUGCUGCCUGACCUGGAGAUCCUGCCAGCUGGUGACAGCACUGAGAUUGGAGAGAAAGGGGUGAACCUUUCUGGAGGUCAGAAGCAGAGGGUUAGCUUGGCCCGGGCUGUUUAUUGUGACUGCGCCGUCUAUCUGUUGGAUGACCCCCUCUCAGCAGUUGACGCCCAUGUGGGCAAGCACAUCUUUGACAAGGUCAUAGGCCCACAUGGGCUGCUCAAGGACAGGACGCGUGUGCUGGUGACCCAUGGGUUGAGUUACUUGCCCCAGACAGACCUGAUCCUGGUGAUGAUAGAAGGAGAGAUCACAGAGAUGGGCUCCUACCCAGAACUAAUGACCAAAGAGGGGGCCUUUUCAGAAUUCCUGCACACUUAUGCCAAUAAUGAGCAUGCCAACAAUGACACUAGUAAGACACACACUGGGAGGGAUGAGGAGGAGGAGGAGGUGAAGGGUAAUACUGAAGAUUCAAUGCCAAAGAAGGGACUAGAGAAUGGCAGUCCAGCUGCUCUUACUGGUCAGGGUGCCCAGAAUAGCAGCAAUGCCAAGCUGUCUCAGAAGAAUGAGGUAGGAGAGGUGUUGGGGAAAAAGGCAAAAAACGCCGAGGUGGGAAAACUGACAGAGGCUGACAAAGCAAACACUGGACGGGUGAAGCUUGCUGUGUUCUGGGAGUACAUGAAGGCCAUUGGAGUGGUCUUGUCCUGCAUCAGUCUGUUGCUGUUCUUCGCCCACCACAUGUCAUCACUUUUCUCCAACUACUGGCUCAGUCUGUGGACUGAUGAUCCUGUGGUCAAUGGUACACAGCCUAACAGGACAAUGAGACUGGGCAUCUAUGGUGCUUUGGGUCUGUCCCAAGGCUUGGCAGUCUUCAGCUACUCUAUAGCGGUGUCUAUUGGUGGCGUCCUAGCCUCACGCUACCUCCAUCAGACAAUGCUGUACAAUGUCUUGCGCUCACCAAUGUCCUUUUUCGAACGGACACCCAGUGGCAACCUGGUAAACCGCUUUGCCAAGGAGACGGACACCAUUGACUCCAUUAUUCCCAGCAUCAUUAAGAUGUUCAUGGGCUCCAUGUUCAACGUGAUGAGUUCCUGUGUUGUCAUCCUGGUUGCUACGCCCCUUGUAGCCGUCGUUAUCCCUCCACUGGGUCUGCUCUACUUUUUUGUACAGCGGUUCUAUGUCGCAUCAUCACGUCAGCUGAAGCGUCUGGAGUCAGUCAGUCGCUCGCCUGUCUACUCCCACUUCAAUGAAACCUUAUUAGGCACCAGCAUCAUCCGAGCCUUUGGUGAGCAGGAACGCUUCAUUCGUGAGAGUGAUAAGCGUGUGGAUCACAACCAGAAGGCCUACUACCCCAGUAUUGUCGCAAACAGGUGGCUGGCGGUGCGACUCGAGUUUGUUGGAAACUGCAUUGUGUCAUUUGCUGCUUUGUUUGCUGUUAUGGCCAGAGAGAACCUUAGUCCUGGCAUCAUGGGACUGUCUAUUUCCUAUGCCCUGCAGCUGACAGCCUCUCUGACCUGGCUGGUGAGGAUGACUUCUGAUCUGGAGACCAACAUUGUAGCUGUGGAGAAAGUCAAAGAGUACUGUGACACAGAGAAAGAGGCAGAGUGGAAACAUGAGUCGUCCACCCUUCCUCAAGGGUGGCCAACAGCUGGCUUCAUCGAGGUUCGAAAUUUUGGCCUUCGCUACCGACAAGACCAGGACCUGGCCAUCCGCAACAUCAGUGCCACCAUCCAGGGAGGGGAGAAGGUGGGCAUCGUAGGGCGUACAGGAGCAGGAAAGUCAUCCCUGACACUGGGACUGUUCCGAAUUAUUGAGGCAGCCGAGGGCCACAUCUUCAUUGAUAGUGUUGACAUUGCUCAGCUGGGCCUGCAUGAGCUCCGCUCCAGAAUCACCAUCAUACCACAGGACCCAGUGCUGUUUUCAGGCUCCCUGAGGAUGAACUUGGACCCAUUUGACAGCUACUCUGACGAGGAGGUGUGGAAAGUUCUGGAACUGGCCCAUCUCAAGAACUUUGUGUCAGGUCUGCCAGACAAGCUCAACCACGAGUGUUCAGAAGGAGGAGAAAACCUCAGUCUGGGUCAGCGUCAGUUGGUAUGCCUAGCCAGAGCUCUCCUGAGGAAGACGAAGAUUCUCGUUCUAGAUGAAGCCACAGCAGCUGUUGAUCUGGAGACAGACAACCUGAUCCAAUCCACCAUCCGCACCCAGUUUGAGGAUUGCACUGUCCUAACCAUCGCCCAUCGCCUCAACACAAUCAUGGACUACACCAGGGUACUGGUGUUAGACAAAGGAGAGAUGGCUGAGUUUGAUUCCCCCUCUAAUCUCAUUGCUCAAAGAGGAAUCUUCUACAAGAUGGCCAAAGACUCUGGGCUGGCGUAA